CACAGCCUUGAUUGCGUAUUCCAAAUCUGAAUUCGAAGUCGAUCAUCGUCGGAAGAGUUUUACAUGAUGGAUCUUCGAAGGUCUAACAUUAGACAGGUAUACGAGCAAUGCGCUCAAAGCAGGAUUCGCAUGUACCACUAUGUACACACACCACGCAUAAUUAUAGAAACUCUCUCGGUCGGAAUAACGUACGUCCUGACACUUGUGUUGGCUACAUCUGCAUUUUCCACCCCUGCGUGGCGUAAUCAAGCCCAUCUUCAAAAGUGGGCUAGCUCGGAAUAUGUUCACUGUCUACAGUGGCCAGUCACUUCGCGGGUUCUUCCAAGAUUAGAUACGAGCGAUACAUUCUUGAGGAUGUUCAGUGCACUGUGGAACACGAGGGCAAGAAUUUUGGGUUAUAGGUAACCUCACUCGCUGUGCUAUUUUGGGCGGCAAUGUUCACACGUGGUGGUAGACAGUGUUUGUAGAGAAGUUGUGGUUCGAUGAGAGGGUCGUGGGUCGUGUGCCGGGCAGAGUGCUGUUUCUGAACAUACUUGCGCAGACUCGGUGUCGAUUACCGU